AUGAAGGACGCAGCAUUGAGUAUUAUAGCCUCCAGCGCAUUUGGUAGAAUAAGCUUGUCGGCACAGGUAAUGUGUCAGAAUUCGCGGGGUUCGGUGGCCGUCGACGUCAGCUGUUUGUUGCAUAGAGGCCUUUUCGGUUGCGUAGAAAGUAUAGUCCAAGGGAAAAAAACGAAUUUCUAUGUCUAUUAUGUGGAAAAACACAUCAAAGCAUUGCUGAAUCUCGGCUGUCAUGUUGUCAUGGUAUUCGAUGGUCGUCCUAUUCCUGCAAGGAAGGAAGGUGCCGUUGAGCAGGAUACGAAUGAUGGGCGACGACAACGGCGUGCCGAUAAUGUCAAGGCUGGUGAACUAUUUCUUGCUGAAGGGAAAAUCAACGAAGCCAUGAACAAAUUCAAACAAGCUACUUCCAUUACUUCUGACGUCGUGGAAAAUGCCAUCCAGCAUUUUCAUGGUUUUACGAAUGUCGAUGUGAUUGUUUCGCAUGCCGUCACAUAUCUUUCCAGCGUUCUGACCGCGCACCUGUGCUACAUCACAAUACACCGACUGGAAUUACCGGGUAUUGGUCUUAACAAAGCUCUUUCAUUCUUCUCGAAGACCUCCAGAACAGAUCUCCGUAAGUUGCUACCUCGAAUCCCUCACUACCUCAACAUGUCGAAACUGCGUGUUUCAAAAGAAUUCAUUGAG